GCCAGCCUCGCUUACAUGUAACUCCUGACCCACAGCAAUGUGGUUGACUCUUAACUGCUCUCUGGACAUUUAGGAAUUGGUAAUAAAUGUUACCCUAGCCAGUGAUGCCCUCAUCCCGUGAAUGAAUUUAACAAGUAUGUCAGGAAUUCCUCCUGUAUGCAAUGAUAACUGAUUUGCUUUGCCCAAUCUUUAUGCAGACUGAAGUCACCUGACUCUUGAAGUCAGUGACCUUUCAUCAUAGUUAGAGCUCUCCCUUUCUGCUGGUGUCUUCAAUUUCCUGUUUAGUGCCUUCUGCUAAAAUUACCACUUGAGUUGACUGGGGUGGAUAUACAUCGACCACUGUCAAUUUCUGUCCCUUGAUGUUUCUAAACUGUACCCAGACUCCAUUUCACCAGAACUAAUAUCCAUUGUCAUUACCAUAUUAAUUUUAUUCCGUAACCAGUAAUGCUAACCUACCUCCUCCUUCUUGUCAGUCCUUCCAAGAAACUGAAUACCCCUGGAGCCCAGCUUCAGACAUCGUAGAUAUUUUGGUUUCUGAUUUACCAAAAUAUCCUGGAGUCUGGAAAAGUCUGAGUUCAGUAGAAAUUAGCAGUUGUAACACUGCUAUGUAAGAAAGAAAGAGGAGCAAAAAUAAGGGAUAAAGCCAGUUAACAUGAUUUCAAUCAGUUGGGAAAGUGCUUAAUAAUGUCUCUUCAUUAAGUAUGUUUCAGCAAUGCUUUUAAAACAAAAAUCGUAUCAUCUGAUUAAAUCAACGUGGUCAAUCCAGAAGAAGACAUUCCAUGAUGGAGACAGGGCAGUUGCAGGUUUGACGAUACUUCACCUUUCUCAUUCCUCAGACUCCAACCCACUUUGAUUCUGAAAGAUUUGACUGUUGUUUCCGGUCAGUCAGCUUGCCGAAGCAGUCAGAUUUCCGUCAUACUACUCAGAAUAAAAAUGGCAUCAGGAGAUGAGCUUCCAUCCCAUCUCGCUGUCGAUACCUCCAACGUUCAAAUUCUUCACUCUGAGACCUCAAAAAGACUUGUCGAAAAUUUUGUAAUCGCUCUCAUGAACAAGGAGCGUUUCUACAUCCGCACAUUCUUUUCGACAUACAAAGCAUAUACCACUGCUGAAAGUGUGUUGUACAUCCUCCUGGACAAAUAUGGAAGCUUUGGCACCUCAGAGGCAGAAGAGAUUCCAGUUAUCGAUUCAGUGAGCACAAACAGCGGAAACAGUGAUAACAUUCCGAGCUGUGAGGAGCUUGCAAAUCCAGUGCCUGCAGAGACAGUUACAGAGAUCAGAAAGUCCAAAACCUUUGACAGCCCAAACUCUGAGAAAGAUGAAGAACCAAGUUCACCAAAAGCGACUGCAGAAAUCUCAAAUUUUGGAAAUGUUGACAGUGCAAAUGGUGAGGAAAAUGGAAGUUGUGGUUCUUCAGGAUCCAGCGAAAUAAUUGCUAAGUCCAAAACCUUUGACAGCCCAAACUCUGAUAAAGUUGAAGAACCAAGUUCACCGAAAGCGACUGCAGAAAUUUCAAAUUCUGGAAAUGUUGACAGUGCAAAUGGUGAGGAAAAUGGAAGUUGUGGUUCUUCAGGAUCCAGCGAAAUAAUUGCUAAAAAAGAGGAAGGAACAAUCCAGAAUAAUUUUGAUUUGGAGGAGGUCCAACUUCAAAAGGAGCAAGAAGGCGUUUGCAGCAACUGUGAAAGCAUUGAGUCUGAACACUGUCUGAAUUCUGAUGAAAUUCAGAAUUUAAGUUCACCAGAAAAGGGAGCGACAGUCAAGAAAAGCAUAGACUUCAACAGAUCAAGCUUUCUAGAAGAAUAUAAUUUCAGUCCUGCAGAAAAGGAAACACUAAUGAAAAUUGCUAUACCUGAAAUUCUUGAAAUCUGGCUGGAGGAGUCUGCCGAAGACUUUCGUCAAGUUCCAACUUACUCUUGUCUCCGGAAGGUACUUUGCUACUUGAACCAGACAGUGCCGGGGUCAGAUGCUGAACAUCGGGCCCAGAAACUCCUGAGUCGGUUUUUGGUGGAGGAAACAGCGGAGAAAGAGAUGUUCAAAGGCUACCGUAGAAGAGUUAGAUUCUAUAUUGGAGAAGAACACGACCAAACCAUCGAACAAGUUGACGAAAAGCUCCUGUCCUACCCAUCACGCUUCAUUGCAGAGCAGCUGACUUUUAUGGAUGCUGAUCUUUUUCGGAAACUUGUGCCCAGCCAAUGUUUAGGGUCCAUCUGGUCUCAACGAGGGAAGGAAGAAAAACAGCAUCUGGUAUCAACCGUCCAGGCCACCAUUACACAGUUCAAUAAUGUUACAAAAUGUGUCACCAGCACCAUAUUAAGACCUCAACAGCUGAAACCACGGCAGAGGGCUAAAAUCAUUGAGAAAUGGAUUGAUGUUGCCCAGGAAUGUAGGACUUUGCAGAAUUUCUCGUCAGUGCAUGCAAUUACCACUGCAUUGCAAUCGAAUAGUGUGUUCAAUUUGAAGAAGACUUGGGCAGCCGUGUCAAAGAGCAGUAAGAUAACAUUUGAAGACCUUUCAAACAAUGAAGAAGAUAACUUUAUGGCAAGUAGAGAGCUGCUAAUGGAGGAUAUUGUUCAGGGAAUUGUGCCGUACCUGGGAACUUUCUUAACAGAAUUUUCAGCGCUGGAUUCGGCUUUCCCGAAUUACCAUUCAAAUGGCUUGAUCAACUUUGACAAGAGACAAAAAGAAUAUGAAAUAAUUUUGGGUAUCAAAUCCCUGCAGUUUGCUUGCUCAUCUUACACCCUUCGUCCAAACGAGAAUUUUCUAGACUUGUUCUUUCUGCAACAAUACUUAAGUGAGGAUAGCGAGUACGUAACUGGUAUUGUAGGAGUGUGCAGCUCCUCUGAACUCGAGAAACCGCCAAAGCCCAAAAAGAGUGUGUUUAAACGCCUCAGCUGCCUGUUUUCAAAGAGAGGUGUUAAAAUACACAACACUCAAACUAAAAGCUCUGAGCAGCGAGCAUCCCUUCAGAAUGAGGAUUCAGACAACAGCAUUACCGCAGCCAACAUUUUAUCCGAUUCCAGCCACUUGGAAAUGGAAGAGCCGAGCACUUCGCAAAAAGCGCUGGAAAAGUCAUUAAGAUCCGUGGAUACUGCCUCCUCUGGAGGUUUAUCCAACAGUGGUGCAUCAGCAAAACCAAAUUAUGACACAGCCAAGUCUGGUAGGCGUGCGGGUUUGGGCAGCUGCUGGUGUGCAACACGUCGGAGGGACAACCGCCAGAAUGAGAAAAGCUGCCUCAUCCGAGUCAGAUUAGAGGAGGACAGAGCACAAGAAUUCAAAACUAUUUUGCCAAGCUACUGUCACAAAAUUACCCCACAUAUUGAACGGGACAUAUUGGAUAUGUGGCCAAGAGGCCGAUCCCUUUAUCCCCGGAUAAAGGUACAUUCGGGUGACCGAAUGCGUAGGAAGCGUAGAAAUGAUGAUUUUGAUCUAACACUGCCUCAAAGUCAGAAAGGCUUGAGCGGCUGCUGCUACCUCGCCUACCUAAUUUCCCAUCUUAGGCUGUUAGAUAAAACCCCAGAAAUAACUCAGAAUGGCCAGGGAGGGAAGCGGACACCCCGAGAAGUAACCGAAGAGGAUCGCUUCCUCUGGACUUUGAGACCUAUGUAUGAGACUGCCCGAGUAGGAAGAGAAAUACAAAAGUUGGCGCCUUCCCUGGAGGAGUUGGUCAACAAUACUGCCGAUACGUUGGCCGAGACCCAAUCCCAAGUGGCGGCCAUAACGACAGAAAUGAUUGCCACCAGGCGAACGGCUCUUCAGAAUAGGAUGGCUCUAGAUUGUAUUCUGGCAGAGAAAGGUGGUACCUGUCCACUAAUUGGGGAAGAGUGUUGUACGUACAUACCUGACAUUUGCCAUAACAUUCUGGGAAUGGGGGAGUUGGGGAUUACCUGGUUGUGGAGAGUGGUUGGUUAA